AUGUUGCGAAAGAGACUGCAGGUAGAGAUUCUGCAAGGUCGAUCCCUGGUGUCGUUGAUCCAAGUACACCCGGAGCAUGAGUAUCCAUCUGACAAAGAGGAGGAACCUAUCAAGAACCUCGUUAUCAGUGAUCAGCCUUUGGUUCCGAUAGGCAACUUCUGCAAGGACGAUUGCAAGAACUCGGAUCUCAUGAGGAUUAUUCUCGGAACGGUAGCAGCAGAGAAGCGUCCUGCAUUCGAAUACAUCAUCCGGAACCUCGACAAGAUCAUGGCAUGUGCUCCCACACACCUUGCAGUUCGGACACUGGCUCAGCGCGUAUCCCAGAUGAACAAGAUGGUGGUGGACUCGUACAAUGAAAGACAUGGCAGAUCGUCUUCGGCAACUAUUCUGCAUGCAACAGACGAAGACACCAACUUGGCCGCUUUCAUCCGCAAAGCAAAGCAUGGCGCAUCUUCGGAUGCGGCGCGGGUCGCAUCAAAGUUCACCAAGGCGAACUGGGAAGACUGGGCCUUCCCUUCUUCUCUCUGCGAAUUCGCCCUGAGGAUAGUCAGCUUCGAAGGCUUCGGUCUGACUGACAAUGAUAGCAUGGAGCUCCACAAGCUGCAACAGAGCCUAAUGAUGAACCCCGAGUACGCAGACCUUUUCCAGUGUCUCAAAGGAUGCAUCACAUGGGCUGAACUACAGGCCAAUCACGAGGAGAAGAUGGAGGAAUGGAAGUAA